AUGGAAAACCUAGCUGAGAGUAAACCACUGUCAAGAUUCACCACCGUUUUGGCAAGAUAUUCCAAAGUGGGUGGUGUCUUACAGGUUAGGCGACGACCUGUGGUGAAAGCUAAGCUAGGCAUGGUUGCUCAGGACGUCUUCGACUCUGGACCGAAGCGACACGUGUACGACUCGCCAUGGGAACUGUCUCAGGCUCUGUGCUUAGUGUCCACAGACGUUGCGUCCACAGUGUCCACAGACGUUGAUCUACAUGCCCUUCUCGGAGCUGCAGAGCGUAUUAAGUUUCACGUGAUUGCUCUGCAAGAGACCAAAAAUAUAAGGAGCAACGUACGACAGACGAAUGAUGGUGCUCGUCGUUUGCGAAGAAAACGUUCGAAAACGAAAACGCGAGCGGUGUUGAUUUUGUUGUGCACUCGUUUGUUGUCGUCCAUCUCGUUGAUUCUUACGAGAUCCUGUCACCUCGUCUGUUUUUUUUUUCGCCUCCGCCCUCUGCGCCAAAAACCUAUCAGCAUCAUCAACUGGCACUCACAAACACCAGCAAGUGAUGAAUCCGAAUUGAACGCGUUUUAUGAGGAGCUGGAGGAGGUGAAUCGUAACGAGAAGUCCUUCUACAAAUUCGUAGUUGGAGACUUCAAUGCAAAACUAGGAAAGGGACUCGAAGAGGAAUACAAGAUUGGAAGAUUUGAACUACGGAACCACAAUAAAAAUGGCAAUCGUCUCCCCGGGCCGUUGUCAGCCGUUAGCCUCUUUCAUGAAAAUUCGCUCUUCAUGAAGAAAAAUCAUCGUGGGUGGACAUAG